UUCAAGCAUAAGGUUGUUGAAGUAGGUAGACAGGAAGCUGUAACUGAUCUUGCACAAUACUAACUGGAAGAGAAUGCUGCUAUAUGGGGAUGAAGGAAAUGAAUGGGAAGGGAAAAAGAGGAAGUGGAUUUUGAAAGAUUGCUGCAGUUUUUUUUGGUCACUGAAUCUGAUUGAAUCAUUCUUGCAACUAGUGAUAAUUUCUGAAGUGAUGUAAUCAAUGUUACCAUAACGACUUGAUUCAUUUGUUAGACAGGUUUUGUGAGACUUCAGACCAAGCCCUGUACAAUGAGUGGUUGUAAAUUAUCUGAAAUGUUUGGACUGAUUUGCUGAUUGGUUACAUGCUCUAGGAUUGGGGAGUUUCUUUGCUGAUAAUUGUAGCAUAAUUGCUGAGUGCUUCACUUGGUUUCAUUUUACUUGGGAGUUGACACAAGCAAGAAUGGAAUCGGUUAAUAUUUUCAAGCAGUUCUUCGGAAUUGGAAAGGUGAAGCGGAAACCAAGCAUUCGAGACACGGCAUCCAAUGCAGAUAAUGAUGGUUAUGCUGACAAUGGUGAACGUCUGUAUGACUUGAAUGCUCCUGCUUAUGUGAAAUUUAACUACACAGCAGAGAGAGAUGAUGAGCUUUCGUUGGUUAAAGGGACCAAAGUUACUGUCAUGGAAAAAUGCAGCGAUGGAUGGUGGAGGGGUAGUUAUAAUGGACAAACUGGUUGGUUUCCUUCAAAUUAUGUUAUGGAGGAACCAGAGGGCACUUCUGUAGAACCUGUCAGCUCCUUAACAGAAAGACUAGCAGUUGUAAUGAAUGCACACAAUGCUAAAGUACUGCAUGUUGUGCAGGCUCUGUACCCAUUCAGUUCUUCAAAUGAGGAGGAGCUUAAUUUCGAGAAGGGUGAGGUGAUGGAUGUUAUUGAGAAACCAGAAAAUGAUCCGGAAUGGUGGAAAUGCCGGAAAGCUGAUGGGCAAGUAGGGCUGGUACCCAAGAACUAUGUGAAUACCAUACCAACGUCACCACCAUCCAAUAGCAUUGGUCCAACACCACCUCGAUGUGAUUAUAUAGGAGUAGCAACCACUGGCAAGUUUGCUGGUAGUCCAUGGUAUUAUGGAAAGAUUACAAGGCACCAAGGAGAAAUGGCUCUGAAUGAAAGAGGGGUUGAUGGAGAUUUCAUAAUUCGAGACAGCGAGUCCUCGCCUAAUGAUUUCUCUGUGUCCUUGAAGGCUCAAAAUAAAAAUAAGCACUUCAAGGUACAAUUGAAGCAAGGCCUCUACUGCAUUGGACAACGAAAAUUUGACAGCAUGGAAGAUUUAGUGGAACAUUACAAAAAGGCGCCAAUUUUCACAAGUGAACAUGGCGAAAAAUUGUUUUUGGUGAAACCUUUAUCUUAAUGGAGGGGAGAAAGAUCCACUGAACUGGAUUGUUCCUAACAAUUAAAAAUAAACAGCGGAGAAAAGGAAAAAUGAUCAUGAUUUGCGAUUUAAUGGCGAUAAUGACGUAAAAGAACAGAUCAACUUUUAACUUUUCAGUUUGAACUAUUGUCCUAGUUGGAUUGUACUGCUGUUUAAUUUUCAAUAGCUUUUCUUGUUUGUAAAAAGAAUUUUUGUGCCUUGCUUUGGUAGAGCUCCUCAUUGUGAAUAUACUAUCAACAGUUGCUUCUAAUUUUUCCAAUGAUCUUAACCCUUUUUUUAUAUUCCACUUUCUAAAUGGCAGGAAUGUGUUUCAUUCUCAUUGCAGAUCUUUGAUUAUAUCUGUGCUUUAAGAACCUUGUUGAGUAGAUUGUAAUUUGAGAGAUGUGAUGUUUUGUGCAUGAUGAAAUUGGAAUACUCAAUUGCCCCUUUCUCAAUUAUUUACAGAAAAUAUCAAUCAGCUUUGGUUUAAUUUGGUUGGAAUUCUUUUGGGUGCAAGUUGCAUCAGAAUAAAAGCUAAAAUGUGGACGUACCAGAUUCUGCCUUACAAUAUUUCAAGCCAAAGGCUGUGUUUAACUGUUGUAAUAAAGUUGCAGUUGGAUCACACUUUGGUAGAUCAUGCAAUGUCCUGCAACUUCAAUUAUACCUUUUAAAACAUUAAUAUUCAUUUUAGUUCUCUUUAACUCCCAAGUUAUUUGUAGCAGAACUGCUUUGAAUUGUUCAACCAGCGUUGAUAACUUUAAAAUACAGUCUGUUGCAUUUGUACUUGUUCAUUUUAAGGAUACACUAUAUAUUAUGCUCUUAAUUUUGUCAUGCAGUUGUAAAGAAUAAUGCCAUUUAACAGAUAUUGUGCUGUCACUGAUUGUAUCAAUUUUUGUUUGACACAAGUCAGUGGAUUUGCAUAACUGUAGACCCCUGCACCUAUAAUUGUAUAUACUGCAGGCCACUGUAUGUUGUGCAUCCUGGUCAAUGAAAGUGAACUGUUGUAUUAUGGGGAGAGGGAGAGAUAAACACAGUCAAUUACUCAGACAUGAAUAUGAUAAACACAUAACUUGUGUACUACACACAUCACUUUAUAGCAUCACUAGAAAAGAAUUGUCUGAGUGUCAGGAAUUUGAAUGAUAUUAUUUAUCUUUAAUUUAUAUUUCAAACUCACCCCAUGGUUAUCACCCUAUUGAAAGCAGUAGUAUGUAUUUGUACUGUUUUACAAUGUUAUUAAUACCAGAAAUUAUAUCCAAGGGUCCAGGAGAAAAAUGUUGUACUUUGUCUUGUGUAAGUUAAAGACCAGUGAUUAGAAUCUUGUUGGAACUACAGAUGAAUAGAAAUGAUAUUGCAGCAAGUGCUGACACUAAUUUUGAAUGCAGUGGGUCACUGAAAAGAGAAGUGAUAUUGCUGUAGGUAAUUCAAGGGAACCCAUGAAGAGGAUUGUUGGAUCAUAUUUUUAUAUAUUGAAUUUUAGUCAAUUCAAGGGUUUCUGAGCCCUGGUCUUUUGAUGUUCAUUAUCGUUGUAAUCCUUUAGAAAAAAAAUGAGUACCAAAACCAUUCACAUAUUGUUCCUAAUCAAUUUUUUGUAUUGAAAUUGCUUUAUCAUAUGCAUAUAUCCCCCUUUUAAAUGUUGAAAAUAACUGUUACGAAAGCAUAAGAUACUGUGAAGUCAAAUUUUUUGCUGUACAGUGCAGCAAAUAUCCUACAUGCUUUUAUCAGCUUAUGUCAAAAUAUGAUUCUUCACUUAUUAUAAAAUCCAAUAAAGUUUGUAAAUCAUCUCCUAAUAUUAUUGUUUCUGAUACUU